GCGAUUUCGCCACACUCCGACUCUGUGAAACGCUCAGAAUCUCCUCAUAUACUUGUCAUGCCUGUUACGGAAGCACAGAAAACUGCUAUAGAGGAAAUUAUAGGAAUCAUCAAGAAUGUCAACCAACCCAAGAAGAAACGAAAACUUGUGGAUAUGUUUAUGGAUUUGGUGAACCGGGAGGUUUGGGCGGAUUACUACCAGGUCAUCCCAGAACCUCGAUCCAUCAAUGGUAUCACUCAAAAGCUGCACGCAAACAAGUACAAGGACCCGUUGGUCGUUUACGAAGACUUGCAGCUUGUUUUCCUCAAUGCUCUGUACUACAACGAGGAAGGUAGUCAAAUUGCAAAAGAUGCUGCUACACUCAAGGGCGUACUCGAGACGGAAUGGGCGCAACGGUCCUCUGUUCUGCCUGUACCACCAGGCUCCCUCCCCUCGAAAUCUGCCCAGAAGACGCACGAGCCUGCGAAAACACAAGCAGCACCUGUGGCCUCGACUUCGACUGCACCUCCACCUCCCUCUACACCUGUCAUCCGAGCACCCGAACCUAAACUUCCCUAUGCUCCCAUGACGGCUGUGCGGACGACUUCCAUUCCAACACCAACAUCAACCAUGCCCGUCACACCAUCCCGCUCCAGGGCUGCGCGAUCGCCUCCCAAACCUGAAGCAGCAACUGCCACCAUUGCACCUCCAACACCAAUAACAUCAACAACGGCUAUCAACACCGACACCGCGAACGCGAACCAUGUAAUGAAGUCCCCACAAAGAGCAAGUUCGCCUGAUAUAGAUGUUGAUAUAGGAGGGACUCCAGAGCCGGAGAGUAUGGGUGCCGGAGACGAGAUCGCACGGGACGAGGAAAGCGAUGCGGUCGUGCAGCAGUUGGAGAGGGGAUUACCGAGGUGGGGUGGCCCGGGGGAAGAUGGGUGGUGGACCGGGUCUGAGGGGGGAAGUGAGAGGUGGGUGGAGAUUGUGAUGGCCGUGAAGGGGCAUAAGGAUGUUAUAGGGAAUAGGAUUGCUCAGGCUUUGGAGGCCGUCCCAGAGGAUGCGGCAAUUCCGUAUCUGUCGUUUUCGGGUUCUUUAUCGCUAAAGCUCAUUGAGAGUCGCGCUCGUUCCAAUGGCUAUACGUCGUCGAAAGAAUUCGACAAAGAUAUGGAACGUCUGUUCGAGAAGUGUCGAAGGUGGCAUGAACAGGGCAGUGAACAAUAUGGCCGCGUGCUCCUCCUUCAACGUCUCUACCAAGCCAUCACCUCACCUCACCCACCACCUGGCCCCCCAUACGCCUCCACGACUAACUUCGCAGGUCUUCGCGCCGGACCCGGUGUCGCACGUCCUUUACACUCCGCAUCUGAUUCAGACAACAAAGCGUCAGGCGUGACGACGUUCCGGGUGUCAACGAAAGACAGAACGUUUGUCGAUGAACUGCAGUACAAAGGGUGGAACGUGAGGUUGGCAGAUUGGUUGCAUCUGGCGAAUCCGGACGAUCCGGCGCGGCCGAUUGUGGCCCAGGUGUUCAAGUGUUGGAUGAGCGAUGAACCGGCGAAGAAGGGACAGCCGCAUGUUACGGUGGCUUGGUAUUUCCGUCCGGAACAAACUAUACAUCCCGCCGUGCGCCAGUUCUGGGAAGGCGAGGUCUUCAAGACGAGCCACUUCGCAGACCACCCCAUCGAAGAUCUCAUCGAAAAGAUCGCCUGCCAAUUCACCGCGCGACACAUCCGUGGUCGUCCCCGUCCUCCCUACUGGUACCUCGGCUGGCCUCUCUACGUCUGUGACUCACGUUACAACGACCGCGACCGAAUCUUCGUCAAGAUCAAGAACUGGAAUUCGUGUGUCCCCGAAGAGGUCAGGAAGAGCACGGAAUUCAUGCCGAUUUAUCCGUUUGAGAGGAUGGUGCAUCCGAGGAGGUUUGGCAGUCCGUUCUUGAUGCAGGGACAGGGAGGGAAGGGUGGUAAUGUGAAGGGCCCGGGGGGCAUUGGGGAGCCGGUCAGUGAGAAGGUAGAGGGAGAGAGGGGCGGUGAGAGGAAGAGGUCGAAGAGGGCUGGGCCGCCCAGUGGAACGGAUAUUUCGGGUCCUAGUAAAGGAUUGUAUGUGGGCGUUCCGGGCGCGACGACGGGGUAUUCGACCGCGGGGACGUCUGCGGCUGCUGCACAGUAUUUGCAGCAUACGCAGCAGCAGCAGCCGGCGGUGACGCCACAGGUGGCGAGGGCGCAGAGCUCGCAACCGAGGCAGCCGCAGGAGGAUAGGUCGAUCGUGACGGCGGCGGGAGGGAUGGCGAUUUUGGGCAGUUAUGCUACGGUGGAUAGAUUGCCUGCUGAGACUGCGAAACACUUCGACCGCGAUCCAGAGACGAACGAAGUCCUUUGGUUCGCAGCUCCCCCCAUCAACAUCGCACACACUCCUGCGCCGAGAUAUAGCCUCAAAUACCUGCAUUGGCUCGCCACCAAGCGCAAAAGAGAGUCGGAGGACUCCAAUGCGAUGGACGUCGACGAAGCUCGUGACCCGUCCCAUAUGACGAAGAAGCGUCAGAUUGAGCCUAUGCGGACCAUGACGGAGACCAUUGGGGAGCUCCUUGCAGACUUUCCGAUGGACGAAGUCAGGCAGCCAUGACGACGGGUUUGAUAUUUCGUUCUUGCCCGGUUCUUCCUCUUCUUGACACUUGCCUGGACGUUCUGCCGACUACUAUUAUUCGACUUAUUGUACA